AUGUCAAUCAAGAGGCCCCAUCAACCGGCGGCCGAACUCAGCCGCGACAGGCUCACUGCAAGAAGGGACGAGAUGAAACAGUAUAAGUUAAAUGCUGAGCAUGCUGUCUCGAGCAUACAUGCAUACAUGAACACAGGCACAGUCUCACCAGACAAGUGCUUAAAGUUAACUACCAAAGCUCGCUACGGAUUAGCCGUCUUGGCCAACCAGGCAGUGAUAAUCUCCCAAGCCGGUGGCAAUGGUGACCACUUGAUCUUCUCCCAAGGAGCUAAUUUCAAAGAAUUUUGGGGACACGCUCGUUCCAUGCCCAAACAACACAUUUGUUACCUGAUGCUAUGA